UCAAAACUGAAAAUUAAACGUCAAAAUGCAGAAAACAUAUAUGAAAAGUCAAAAUAGAAAUUAAAAUAAUGAUUACGGAUAUAAUAUAUUAUAUUGAUUUGGUAUCAAAAAUUCAAUUCACGUUUAGUAUACGUUAUUGAUAUGCAAUUAAGCUUAAAUGAUAAAAGUGUAGUGAAUUGGCAAUGUCCUUGAAUGAAAAAUAUUAAUUGUAUUAUGAUAACAAUUUUCAAUACUGUUAUAUUCGUGGAUAUAUUAACUGGGCUUAUUAUGAAUAACGUUAUAAUCUUAUUAUAAAAUGAACAGUAAGAUAUUAAAUACACUUGCUAGUGCAAUAGAAAACAAAGAUGAGGAACUUAAAAAAAGGAAAGAAAGUGCUAAACAAUAUCUACGUGAGCUUCUAGGCUGUAUUGAAAAUUGUCAAAACCGUUUUGGAGGAAAGUCUGAGCUUGCUACGGAAGAUGAUAUUAGAAUACUUCAUCUUUGUGAAAAAUGGGAAAAGGUACUUAGUCAUGGAUUGAAGACUAAUUUAUCAAAUUACACCAUUCAAAAUUUUGUGUCUGCUGGAUUAAAUUUUACAUUUAAUAUUGUUAAUGUUGGGAAUUCAUUAUGGAGCUAUUGUUGUUUGCACUUAACGAAACACGAAAAAGAGCGUUUCAAAAUUUUGUCUAAUAUAAAUACACCAUUGGGAUAUUUUAGAGCAUUUCUUAGAGCCUCAUUAAAUGAGCGUUCCUUGGAAAGGUAUUUACAGAGUUGGAUUUCUCAUGGUCUUUUAGUAGAGUAUUAUGAUGAAGGAGCUAUUAUUAGAAGUCCUGAAGCCAAUCUUCUACCUAAUACUGCUGCAGGCUUAUCAACUGUUUUGUUUGCGUUAUCUAUUGAUAGGGCUGAGUUGAAUGACUCCCAGCAUGCUAGCCAAGCGAACAAGGCAGAGCUAGUUAUACCGCUUCCUACACCAAUCAAAUCAGUUAACAAUUCCAAACGAAAACCACUCAGACAGGUGAUAUCGUUUGAAAAAACAGAACAUAAAAAUAGUACGAAGGGAGGAAAGCCCCUAGAACCCGUUGAUAGCGUAUCGGAAGCCUCGUGGAACAGUGCUCCAGCUACCUGCUUAAAUUCUCCAGAUCCUAAAAUAACAUCACCUAUCGCAUCCACAAGUGAGCCCACUAGUUCUGACUGCAAGACUGGUAUAAGGCAUUUCUUUCCUGACAGUGUCAAAUCUCUUGACAGCCCCUUACAGUUACUGUCCAAACUGUCGGAAAGUGCAAAGGAAAUAUUUACAAGCUCGUCAAGUAUCGAAAAGAAUAAUUUGCGUGACGACGCCUCCGAUUUAAGUGUCAAUUGUUUGAAAAUAUAUGAGAGUGACAGUGAGGAGGUAGCCGGUAGUAUAGAUGGUAGUACAUCGUGCUUGGAACUUUGCUUUACGGAAGAUGAGAGUGUGCCCGAUGAAAAGGCACUCGAUUCGGUUUUAGAAUGUAGGGAAAAGGAAUUCAUUAACUUGCAGCUCAAGUACAAUCAAAUUGAACAAACAAAUAAAGAUAAGAUUCAGAAAUUGGAGAAAGUUGUACUAGAUCUAAGCAAAGAAAACGAUAGGUUAAAGGAACAAUUAAGAAAUUAUAUGUCGGCUUUGGAAAUGGGGAAAGCAUUGAAAUCUAGCAAUGGCCAUGAAGAAGAGAUAACGCAAUACGAACGAAAACUUGUUCAGGUAGCUGAAAUGCACGCGGAAUUGAUGGAGUUCAAUCAGCAUUUGCAGCAACGACUUCAAGAUCUAGAAAAUUCGGGCUUGGAAAUAUUAGAAUGUCCAGAGUCUAACGUGAAAGUGUACAUUCCCAGUGCGUUCUUAGUCGGAAAGAAACCAAAUUCCUAUCAUGUGUAUCAGAUAUUUUUAAAGGUGGGACAGGAAGAAUGGAAUGUGUAUCAUAGAUACGCAAAGUUCUAUGAAAUGCAUACGCAACUCAAAAAGUGCCAUCCAGAUAUUGCUAAUUAUAAAUUCCCUCCCAAAAAGACGCUGAGAAAGAGAGAUGCGAAAGUGGUAGAACAGCGUCGCAUAUCGCUGCAAGCGUACUUGCGACACGUGGUGCUCGUGCUGCCGGAACUGCGGGAGUGCACCAGCCGCACUCAACUCGUCACUUUAUUGCCUUUCUUGGGGACAUCGUCUACGGCCAAAGAAAAUGGAGUCCACAAUACACUAGCGCGCCAACAUUCCAACGACUCUGUGUCUACUUAUGAUCCACUAUAAUAGGGUUUUCAGUAAUUUCUUGACAAAUGAAAGAUUUGUGACGGUAACGCAUUGGCUAAAUAACUUUUUCUUAAAAAGAAUUCAAGUUGAUUAGCUGUGAAUAUUGAUUAUAGGGUAUGUAGAAGAUGCUACUACUCAAAUAUUACAAACGAAGGAGUAUCUAAAGUAGACAUUGUGGUUUCAAUAUAGUAUAAUACGUAUGGUGCGUAAUAAGCACUUAUCAAAUUCUAUGUGAAUAAAUGUAUUUUAGCAUAAAGUAUUUUAGGGUAACACGUAGUACACAUGUUAGUUUUCAUACGGCAAUAACUAUCAUAAUAUUUGAUACUCUUAUAAAAAGCUUAGGACUUCGCUCCAAAAUAUUGAUCUGAAUGAGUGAAUUCACGUAGUGAGUAGUAAUCACAAUAUGAUGUGUAUUAUAAACUAAUGUUAAAACAUGAUCUCUACGUGUCUACAUUACUUCCAUAAUUUUUCCCAGUAUUUGUCAUUGAUUUAAUAUGGUUUGUUUGUCUAUUGUUAAUGGUUAGAUAAAUGACAUUACUUAUACUUUCUAUGAAAACAUUGGAACCAUAUUAGUUGUAUGUAAUAUAAAA